AUGGCACUAUCGGGAGCACACAGGCCGGCUUUUGUGUCUACUGCCAACUCCUUAACUCUAGACGCUACUGAAGUCCCAACACAAUUAGAUCUUAUUUGUGAACGAGUUCAUGAUGGGUUUGUUCUUGUGGGCUCGGUGGCUGGACAGCGUUACUGGUCGUCCAUGCUGUCGCUGGACGCUCGCAUCACGUGCGGCUGUUGGACGCCCGACGACAACCAAGUGUAUUUAGGAACGGCUUCCGCUCAACUGGUCGUCAUGGAUGUACACGGCGCGAUGGUCUCACAGGUACAGCUUGUAGCGGAGGGUGGUAUUACAUCGAUGGCGUGGUCAUGUGAGAAGUUUAAAAUGGAAGAGGGUGAGGAAAACGGGGAGAAUAACGGAGGGCACGUGCUCGCAGUCGCACUGGGCAGCGGAGAGCUCGUGCUGCUGCGGGGGCACGAUGACGUCAGCCCCGUUCGCGUCACCACCGGCCUGAGAGGCGCUACUCUCGUCAUGGAGUGGGCAAACUCCCGGGAACUACUCGCGGUCGCCGGUACUUUGUUACCUGGUAAGAUAGUCGUAAAUUUUAUCAAAGUUAUACUAGCUGCUACCGCGAAUUGCGUAUCCCUUUUUUUAAGAGAAUAUAUGCCUGGUUUUUUGAAAGAUAUUUAAAAAAAGGUCUAACAGUUUUUGAGUUUAUCCAUCGCAAACAAAUCAAAUCUUUUCUUUAUAGUAUCAUUUAUUUAAUAGUAUAGAGUAUUACUAGCAUAUACCAAUCUUAACUUUUAUAAUUAUAUGCUAAAGAGUACAAAAAAGAAUCUGUACUUAUAUCGAUAUUAUUUCGAUAAUUUAUGUACACUGGUAGCUAACUUCCCUUUACUGUCUUGAAUUCUUUACAUGAAAUAAAUUUUAAGUAAAAACGUAAAUGUCUUUCUAUUUAUAUUUAUUGUUCCUUAAUUUUGACAUUGGGUUACCUACUAUCUUCUAAAAUGUCGAAAAUGUUGCCCUAAAAACUUGUUCUAUCACAUUCAUAAAGCUGGAUGUAUACGCUUUUAACUUUAUAAAUAACAUUAAAAAUCUGUAGCAAUUUAUAGUCGUUCACUUAAAAACAAAAAUUAAUCAAACUUAUUUUGUGAUCAGAUGGCAUUAAGGAAAAGCUUAAAAAAGCCAAAAAAAAUAUCCGGACACGACCUAACACGUCAGACUAAAUUCGGACUGAGGGAA